AUGGAGUCGGAAGAAAAAAAGGAAAUGCAAAAAGAAGCAUCAGUGAGCAGCUUACCUGCUGCCUUACAGUGGAAACGUGCUGCUCUGAUGGCUAAAACUGCUGCCGCUUCCAGAGAAAACAUCGACGAUGACAGCGAUGCGGAGGAUGUAGACACGAAGCAACAGAUUAAAUAUGGCAACAGAUGUCAGGCUGCAUGCGGCAUAUUGAAAGAGUACUGUGAUUAUAGUACCAUUCAUGGUUUCCGGUAUUUGGGCGAAACAAAGCGACCUCGUUGGGAAAGGCUCUUCUGGGUGUUUGUGCUAAUUUUCUCCAUUUACACUUGCGUUACGUUGAUACUGAAUAUUUGGGAUAAAUGGAAUAACAAUCCGGUGAUUGUAUCGUUUGCUGAGAAAUCCACACCUGUCUGGCAAAUACCAUUUCCAACGGUAACAGUUUGCACCGAAACAAAAGGAAGGCAAACUGUUUUCAAUUUCACUGAAAUCUAUUGGAAAAUCUCCGACAAACUCAAUAAUAUUACCGACGUUGAUUUGACGGAUGAGGAGAGCCUGCGCAUGGAAGCAUUAGCGCAGGUGUGCGAUGCACAUUUGUUGGCCGAUUUGAAAUUUGGACACAAAACGGCCUCAGGCGCCGAGGUUGUGGACGCUUUGGGUGCAGUAACGCCGCAAUUCAAUGAAACCUAUUUAAAUUGUAAAUGGCGUAAUUUUCCCGAAAAGUGCCAACAAAUGUUUCAGAAAUUCAUAACCGAAGAGGGGGUGUGUUAUAGUUUCAAUUCGCUUAAUGCAAGGGAGAUCUACCGGCCGGAGGGCAUAAUUAAGGAAAUGCUUUUCCAAACGGAAAAUCGCACUGCCACAGAUUGGAAUGUAGAAGAUGGUUAUAGCUCCAAUGCCGAUCCUGAAACGUACCCAGAACGUGUGCUUGGACCUGGUGCACGUGCUGGCCUUUAUAUGGUUUUGAAUGGCUUCGAACAGGAUUUUGAUAAUUUGUGUCGCGGUCCAGUGCAGGGUUUUAAGAUCAUUUUGCAUACACCCGGCGAGGUCGCACAAAUAUCAAAGCAAUAUUUUCGUAUACCUUUCGAUCAGGAGGUUUUGAUUUCAAUCAAACCAAAAAUUAUAACUACAUCGGAGGGUUUGCGUCACUAUGAGCCACAUAGACGCCAAUGCUAUUUCCAAAAGGAACGCCAUUUGCGCUACUUCCAAAUUUAUACGCAAAGCAAUUGCGAACUUGAAUGUUUAUCGAAUUUUACGCUCACCAGAUGUGGCUGUGUCAAAUUUUCAAUGCCUCACACGCCGGAAACACCUGUUUGUGGCGCCAUAAAUGUGAAAUGUAUCAAUCAAGCCGAGGAUGAGCUGUUGCUGAAGGAAUUCAAUCAGGGAGCUGAAACGGCAGAAGAAAAUGUACGUGGACGCACUGAAUGUGAUUGUUUGCCCUCCUGCACUUCGAUUGCAUAUGAGGCUGAAAUUUCCCAAUCCGAUUUCGAUUAUAAGCUAGUGGCAAAUGCAUUCAAACAGGAAGAAACGGAGAGUUUUAUGGCGAACAACAAAAUGUCACGCGUCUCGAUAUUCUUCAAAGAAGCACAAUUUCUAACCUCUAGACGAUCAGAGUUAUAUGGUACCACCGACUUUCUGGCUAACUGUGGUGGUUUAUUGGGGCUUUUUAUGGGCGUUUCCAUACUGAGUAUAGUGGAAAUUUCAUAUUUCUGCUCUGUACGGCUAUGUACAAAUUUGCGUAUGCGUCACGCGAGGCGUAAAGAGCUGGAAAAAGAUCAAGAAACAGUGAAGGAGGCCUAG